AAAAUAAUAAAUUUGUCCUUACAGUUUAAAUACUCAUUUUAAUCCAACGGGAGGUGAUGUGUGGAUCCAACAAAACAGCGGAAUACAACGGCACGUGCGGACUCAAACAACAUACUACAUAACAAUAAUACUCGAUCUAGUAGUAGUAGCAAAUAAUACAAUAUAUAGCUUGAAAAAACAAUUAUAAUUGUUCAGGUGUGGAUGUGAUGUGAUAUGACGAAACGACGACCCAGGCAGGCAGGCAUGCAAUCAAUGCACGGUGGUGGUUCCAUUGGUGGCGCCGCCAUUGCUGUACGGCAUUGCAGCUGGUGCGCCGUCAUCGUCGUCUCCUGCAACCGUCGCCGCUCCCGGAGAAGAGGGGAUGGAAAUGAAACGAUCGUCGAGCAUCUCCGACGAUCCCCGGGCGCCGUGGUCCGUCGUGACGCUGACGCUGACGCCUCCCGCCUUGGGAUGCGGCAGCAGCGCCCCGGACACGUCCCCCCAGUAGUCGGGGUUGGCCACGUACCACUCCAUGGUCUUCCUGAGGCCAUCCUCCCAGCGCGUCCUCUCGCGCCAGCCGAGCCCCUUGAGCUUCUCGUCGUCGAGGAAGUACCUCUGGUCGUUGAAGGGCCUGUUGUCGACGAACUGGAUGGCCUCCUCCGGGCGCAGGCCGAAGAGGCCGCUGAUGUCCCUGGCCACGUCCAUCACCGUGCGCUCCUUCUUGGUGCCGAUGUUGUAGACGUGGCCCACCUCGCCGCGGUGGAGGACGACCUCGAACGCCUCGGCCACGUCGUCGCAGUAGAGGUAGCUGCGGACGUUGGAGCCGUCGCCGUGGAUGGGCAGGCGCUGGCCCCUCAUGGCCAGCAGCAUGAACUUGGGGAUGAGCUUCUCCGGGAACUGGUUGGGCCCGUACACGUUGUUCCCGCGCGUGGUGAUGACGGGGAGGCCGUAGCUCCGGCCGUACGCCAUCACCAGCAUCUCGGCCCCGGCCUUGGUGGCCGCGUACGGGUUGGUGGGCAGCAGCUGCGACGCCUCGUGGUUGCCCACCACGGCGUCGCCGUCAGUCUCGCCGUACACCUCGUCGGUGCUGACGUGGAUGAAGCGGCGGAUCUGGGCGGCGGUGCGGCAGGACUCGAGGAGGACGUGGGUGCCGUAGAUGUUGUUCUUGGUGAACUCCAAGGAGUUGCCGAAGGAGUUGUCCACGUGGGUCUGCGCCGCGAAGUGCAUCACGGUGUCGAUGCCCUCGGUGGCCAGGAUGAAGCUGACGAGGUCGGCGCUGGCGAUGUCGCCCUUGACGAACUUGAAGUUGUUGCCGCCGGAGCCCAUGACGGGGAGGAGGUUCUUGAGGUUGGAGCAGUAGUCAAGCUUGUCCAGCACCACCACCUUGUACUCAGGGUACCUGUUCACGAUGCGGAUCGCCACGUGGGACGCGAUGAACCCCGCGGCGCCCGUGAUCAGGAUCCUCUUGGGCUUGUACGGUGUUGUCGCCGCCAUUAAUUCGAUGGAUGGAUGGAUCGAUCGAUCGAUAGUCUUCUUCCUCCUCCAGUCCUCCUCUUCUUCUUACAC